AUGGACAGACCUGGUGAGGCUGUCUCCUUCCAACAGGGAGACAUACUUCAUGUGCUCAAUGGCAGUGAUGAGGAAUGGUGGCAGGCAGCACUAGUGGGGCCUUCAGCUGAAGAUGGAGUACAAGGACUCAUACCAAGCAAACAAAGAUUAGAGAAGAAAGCUCGUACUAGCACAAAGAAUGUUAAAUUUGGCGAACCAGAUGACAGAAGAAGUAGCUCAAUGUCUACCAAGCUGAGGACCAGCUUUAAGAAGAAGUUAGGAUUUGGUAAGAGGAACAGUUCUCCUCAGACAAACGCUACAGCGUCUUCAGUUGAACAAUCGGAAGAACCACAAGAUGAGGAAAUGUUGAGUUUUUAUGAGCCGGUCACACUACAGAAGAGAGGGUACGCUAGGCCAGUCAUUGUAUUGGGCCCAUUGAAGGAGGACAUCAAUGAUAAACUGGUUAAUGAUUUCCCUGAGAAGUUUGCUGGCUGUGUACCAC